GUCACUAAACAUGCUGCUGAUUUUUUAAACACUGAUCCUUCGAAAUUACAAUUGGGAAUGGCAUAUCCAACGACCGGUACAUACAAAGCUGUACUCAAAAGAGUAGCCAACCAAACAUUGUCAGAGAUGCUUCAAACAAUCUAUCUGCCCAAUACACCACGUCUUUUGUAUUAUGAGAUACUCGACAUUAAUAUUACAGAAUUAGAAAAUAAUAUGUUGUUCAAAGAAGUGAUUGAUGUUCUUAUUCCAAAGGAUGCAAUAAUUAAUGAAAUUUUAAACGAAAUUGUAAAAAAACUAUCAUUGCCAAUACCUACUAGUAGAAUUAGAUUAUAUGAUACUGAUAGUUUUAAAAUUCAAAAUGAAUAUAAUUUUGAUGAUCCAAUAGAUAAAAUACCGGAUCAAGUAACAUUAUACGCAGAGGAAAUACCACAAGAAGAAUUGGAACUAUAUGUUGAUGAUAAAAUAAUUCAAGUUUUUCACUUUACUAAAGAGACAUUAUGCGCGCAUGGAAUUCCAUUCAAAUUUGUUCUUAAAGCUGAUGAACCUUUCUCUCAGACAAAGUUGCGUCUUCAAUUACGUUUAGGAAUGAAUGAAAAAGAUUUUUCAAAAGUUAAAAUUGCAGUUGUACAAGAUGAUGUCGAUCCUGAGUAUAUAUACGUAGAUGAUGAUG